UUGAUUAACCUGUCAGAGUUGGCGAGCUUGUCACUAAUCUGAUUGGUUUCAGAAUCUAUUCAUAAAUCGUUCUGAACUGGUUAGCCACAACACAUUAGCGCAGAAAGACAACAACUUCGAAAUCAACUACAUCUGCAGUCAAGAUGUUUCGCACACUGCCCAUUCAGCCGACUGGAAUCCAGGAGCGCUCCAAGGAUGAGGUCCGUGCUAAUGUGUUGGUGUUUGCCGUCACCUCUGCCCUUAUCCGGCUUAUUCCGAUAAUCCUGAGGAAAGUAUUGUAAUCAAGGCCAAGGAUGCGACUGUGUACUUCCGUUUUGACUGAGAUAAAACCGAUAAUAAAUAUUCAAAUUAUUAUAGCAUAAAUAGAUACAAGAAAAGAGAUCGCUAUAGGCGACAUAAUCCAUA